AUGGAACCUUCUUCACCCUCAAUAGCCCACAGAUCAAUCCUACCCCGUCCAACAUCAACGCUUGUCAACCCAUCAGCACCAAGAUCCACCAGCGACUUGGGAAUCCCGCGGAAAACAAAGGUCAUCUCAGCCUGCCAGCCCUGCAAGAAAAAAAAGAUAAAAUGCGACGGAGAUCGCCCUGAUUGCGGGCCCUGCAUGUCAAAAGGCCGGAGCUGCGAGUACACACUCCAGGGCAACAGAAACGAGAUCCUCAUAAGGCGGCAGCAGGCUCUGCAGGAGAAUGUCGAGUCGUUCACGGCGCUGUAUCGGUACCUCCAGGACCGGCCCGCGAAUGAAGCCAACAACUUCUUUGAGCGGAUACGCAAUGGCUUCGGCAUCGAAGCAGCACUUGAGUUUGUCAAGAACGAGGGCAGUACUUCUGUCUCAACUUCUAGAGACCCAGCGAGUGCGAGGCUAGCAUGGAGUCAGCAGGUCUACGACUGCAAUUUACUCUUUGAGAACGAGCUUCUCUCUACUGAGACUUCGGAUGCGACCAUCCAAGCUAUGCGAGAUGGAGUCAACUGUUACUUCUCGUGUUUAGGCACCAUGUACCCUAUUUACACGAGGGAGGAAACAGACUCCAUCACCGACACCUUUCUCAAGAGCCAGGAGGGGAAACCCAAUCAGGUCCUCAGCAGAAAGAUUGCGUAUGGCGAGCUGCUGGCAAUCUGUGCCGUGGGCUUUCAGUAUGAUCGACAGACUUUACCCAAUGGCAGCGCAUCGAUCUGUACGCCGUUCUAUCAGAAAGCUCGACUAUUUCUCGAUUAUGCUGUGGAGAAGGCUCCUCUGCGUGCGAUGAGGAUAUGUUGCUGUUUGGGGAUAUACAAUGUCAUCGCCAAGUCCUCAUUGGCAAUAUCUUAUAUAGACUGGGGUAUUCUUCUGGGCUCCUCGAGUGGACUCUGUGUCAGGAAGCGGCCACAUACUCUUUCGGAACAGGACUUUAAGGGCUAUGUCAAGACUUUCACAGCACUUAUCACAGUGCGAAGCUGGUUAACAGCCACUCUCGGACAUAUCCCCAGCCCAGAAGUCUCCCGAUGCAUCCACGAAACAAGACAGCAGAUGGACAACACUGGAGUCGUGGUCUCUGCAGGAGAGGAUGCUGUCAUCGGGAUACUCCAGGAGAAAAUGGCACAAAUCACAAUCCUCAAAGCCAAUGUCCUACGAACCGUGGCAUGUUUUAGAGUAUUAUCUCCUGCUAUCCUAAGGCAAAUGCACCAAGAUCUAGACAUAUGGCGAUCUAGUUUGCCACCAUGCCUGCGUCUCGAGACGUUGAUGCACACUCCGCAGAUCUCUCCUGAUCAACGCCGGGUCACCUUUUAUAUGCAUCUCUUUUACAUGUCCGCUUUUAUUCUUAAGGCCAGGGCGCUGGUCGCCACUCAGGAGGACAUAGCGGUUUACAUAUGGGAUCCAGAGGCCAUGGCUGCCGUUUUUGAGGGCGUUCAUGCUGCUCGCAACUCAGCUCGACUUCUAGGGCUGAUUCACGAGGAGAAAGCUGUGGUGAAGAACUGUUGGUUAACUAUUUAUCAAUGCUACGUUACCUUCCUGAUGCUGAAUUUCACUGCUAUCAAAAGCUUCCUCGUGGGCGGUGCAGCCGCAUUUAGACAGCAGGACAUUGUGCUUUCACGCCCGUGUAUCGAGAUUCUUGCUCUAUGUGCCACUCGAGAUAGAAUCGCACGUAGCUUCCACGCUCGGCUGGCAAAAUAUCAAGACACUAUACAAGAACAAUUACCAGGAUUUCAAGCAGAGACACUAGAGGAUUCUGGUUCAUACGGAGAUGGAUCAUUUGAUGAUGACUCAUACUUGUUCAUUGAGUCGAGCGGCAACAGCAAACUUCAUCACUUGAUACAUGAGCUCCGAGAGUUACUGUGCCAUCCUCUGGCACUUCUCAACGGGGAAUCAGAGGCCAGCAUACCGUAUCCUACUAUUUCCAAAGCAUCUGUCGGCGCGGAUAUCGAUUUCGCUCAUCACCUAGCCUCGCCGUUCAAUAUGGCUGAAGAUGAGAUCCCGACUGGGUUAUUCCCCCCUGAUGAGAGUCUUGGGGGCAGCCACAACUAUGCAGCGGAGACUGAGGGCUAUCUAAGUGGUUCUGUGCCUUUUGGAUGGGACAUCUCAACAUGGACAAGAGAUCCUGGCUCUAGAAGCUCAAAAAACACUUGA